AUGAAAAUCACCAUAUAACAACCAGUAGGGGGCAGAAAUACGCCGUUGUAGCGUCAAAGUCUGUUUAACCAAAGAGCAAGAAUUCACAUUUCAGCAUGGUUCUUUCAGCUAUGUCUCAGAAUUGGGGGAUAGUUUUUAAACCCAGCGACUCUGAUAAACCUACGGAAGAAGAACGACGAAGUGCACGCGGACACCAACGUUCUAGCUUCAUGGUAGCUGUAGGAGGUGCUGUCAGUCAUCAUGUCAUUUUGUUUUAACUUUGACAUUGCAGCACAAACAACAAAGCAGGACCGCGUCGAUGGAAAUACAUUGCAAAAGGUAAAGGGAGACGAUGCAGCUAAAUCUACAGAGGACAAUACCAAACCAGCAGAGCCAGUAAAAGAGGCCAAAGAGCACCUUCCACCAUCUGACCCGCAGUUCCUCCUCACGGAUGCUGUCUUUGAAACAGUUACCAUUGGGACUUUUCCUCCUCUCCACUUCCUUAAUGAGACAGUUUUUGAGAAGACAGCCUCAGAGAGAGAGGACAGGGAAAAAAUCUUUUCUCACACUGCAGAGCAGAGGUCUGACCUCAUCUCUGGCGUGUACGAGGGUGGGCUGAAGGUGUGGGAGUGCACCUAUGAUCUUCUGGAGCUGAUUGAGAAAAAUGGAGAAACCUUUGGGGGGAAGACAGUUUUAGAUUUGGGCUGUGGUGCGGGGCUGUUGGGGAUACUGGCUCUGAAGAGAGGAGCCACACAGGUCCACUUCCAGGAUUAUAACAGUACAGUUAUUGAACAGCUCACAGUGCCAAAUGUAAUACUGAACUGCCAAGAUGAUGAUGAAAUAGACAGUGAGGAUAACAGAAAAGGGAGGAGCAAGAAAAAAAUACAGGAGGAAGAUGUUUGUGAAAAGAAGGUGAAAGAAAACAUGGAGGUGGAGGGUAGCGGCCCACCUCCUAAGAAAAGAGCUAUAGACCUGUCGCAGCACCCUUUAUUAGCCAAGUGUCAUUUUUUCUCUGGUGACUGGAGGACAUUUCUUGCUUUGGUUCUAAAGAGAGAUCCAACACCCAAGUAUGAUAUUAUAUUCACCUCAGAGACUAUUUACAACACUGCUUACUACCCUGCGCUACAUGAGACGCUCUGCAAACUGCUGGCACCAAAUGGACUUGUCUACCUCGCCACCAAAUCCCACUACUUUGGUGUAGGUGGUGGGCUUCACCUGUUUGAGACCUUUGUGGAGCAGAAGGGUACUUUCUCUGUGGAUCACCUGUGGGAUAAGGAGGAAGGACUUCAGAGGCAUGUAGUUGUCCUACGUUUUAAAACGACAAAGGACACUUAAACUGUCAGAGUCUCGCAUGGUUACUAAAAGGGAUGUGUGAUUGCUACACAGUUUAAUAGAAAUAAAAAAAAUAUCAGGAUUGUCUUUUAGUCUUCAGCAUGAAGCUUGUAUAUAGUAUGUUAAAGCAAAAUUGUAAUAAAAAGGAAAGUCUGUAAUAGAAAAAAUGCUGUCUUGUCUCCUAUUUGCCCUUUGGGUUCCAGCACCUUCUUUCAUUUCCUAUAUAGAAAUUUGAAUAUGCCUGCCAGUAACUCAAGUCGAAAGGGCUUGUUACAGGUCUUUAGAUGCAUGGGGAGGAAAGAAAGGAAAUGGGCUCAGUGACCUUUGUGAGUGAUUUUCUCCAGUGGUCAAACAGCAGUAUGAAUGCCAGGAUUGUUUCGGAAGUUCGGCGCAAAAUGUCAUUUGCAACUUAUCCCACCAGGAUGUAGUUUGAAAGUGGAUGCACAUCAAUGAUGAGACUCUAUGGGGUCUCUGUA